UCACCCGCCUCGGCCCCCGCUGUUAUUAGGUUGUUCGCUGCUUUGCCUGGUGCUGCCCAUUGGUUGUUGAUCCGUUCUGAUUGCGCUAGGCUUGACCAUGAUAACACAAAAGAAGAAAUUUUAGUUCAAGAGAGCGGUAAUGGGGAUAUCCAAGGUGAUUGGCAUCGCUGGAACAGCCCUUCUGGUCACAUCUGUUGGUUUAUGGCGGAUCGGCUUAAGAAUUGUAGCAGCUCCCUUUCUAGCCACCAGUACUGUUGCCUAUAUCGUCGCUGUUGCGUCCCAUAAUUCCAUCAACAUACCUUGGAUCCUGGGAAAGAAUUCUAAGGGGAGGUUUCCUCUUUGGUCAAAUGUAAUCUUUGGUCCUUUCUUGGUACUUGCACGGGUAUAUGCAACUGUGAAGAGACAUAUGAGGAAGGAGGCAGUGUAUGACAUGAUCACAGAAGGCGUUUAUCUGGGAGGAUGGCCAUUUAUGUUGAAGCAUUUGCCUCCAGGAGACCCAUCUGUUAUUGAUUGCACUUGCGAGUUGCCAAGAAGUGAUUUUGUCCCAACAAAUGAGUAUCUCUGUGUUCCUACUUGGGAUACAAGAGCUCCACCAAUAUCCAAAAUUGAAUUUGCGGCACGCUGGGCAUGUGAAAAGAGAUCCAAAGGGAAACCGGUUUAUGUACACUGUGCAUUUGGUCAUGGAAGAAGCGCUUGUGUCUUGUGUGCAGUUUUAGUAGCAUUGGGCAUUGCUGAAAAUUGGAAGGAUGCAGAAAAUAUCAUCCGAGAAAGAAGAAAGAUAAAAAUGAAUGCUGUUCACCGGAAAACCUUGGAGGAUUGGUCAAAAUAUCGAGCUUCUCAGAAGAAGGAAAAAUAGCUGACAUUAAGCCAUUUGACAUCGCAGGCAAAUUGUCAUGUGAGUACUAUGCAAUCUGAGUUCUGAGAAACCUUCCUAGUUCUGGAGCUUGCUUUGUUCCCAGCUUAUAUCAGUGUUUCCCAUAUUUCAGUCAGAUUACAUCCAAAACUUGUUCCCAAUUUUGCUUGCUUCUGCUCCUACUUGAAGGUUAGUUCCCAAAGUCCAUGUAAAUCAGAAAGCUGAAAAUUGGCUUUCAGAUGGUUGUGCUGCUAUGCUUAUCUCUCCACAGUUGCUUUCAUCUGCCACCAAUAUCCUACAGGCAAUAAAGGCUCCAGAUAAAAAUAUACGAUGGAUGCGUCCAGAUAAAUAGCACUACAGCUGCUGUCCUUUUACUCUUUUAGACCUUUAUAAAAUUUGGUUAGUUGGCUGAAAGCCUGAAAUAGUUGAAACAUCUAGCGAAAGGGACUGAAACCAUGUCUAGUCCUUAUUGUACACCUUCAUAUCAUUGUGUUUAAUCAUAAUCUUUUUAGCAUAAGGGACUACUACUACUUUAUUGGUGUAAUGACCUUUGAAAAUUAUGAUAAAAUAAAGUGCAUGCAGCAUGCAUGAUAUGCCAAGAGGUUUUCUGGCUUUUGAGUCUAGUAGGAGGUUGGUCCAUUCCAUGUUGAUUUAACAGUGUGCAUAUCAUUUUUUUUUCACUACUAAAUAAUGGUUCAUUUAUAUGUACUUCAAAAUUUUCAAUCAGAGAUUAAACCUUCAACAACUAUAGGUAGACGGCUUUUGUAAAAUAAAGAAACGAAAAGAAUCAGUUGCAGGUAGGACUGGUUAGAACAUGGUGCUUACUCUUGG